AUGCUCGCGGUUUUCUUCAUAGCUCAGAAGGUAUCAAAGGAUACGAUCCUUUCGCAGGUCGUCGUUCCUGCCCCAGUCUCGAGUCCCGUCUCAUCGCCGGCUCUUUCGCCUGUCACUGUUCCAACUCCAGUUUUGAGUCCCGGCCCUUCUCUGACAGGUACUCCACCACCCAACACUCCUAACACUCCAACAUGUCCCCCUACUCCAACAUUCUCCCCCACUCCAGCAACUCUCACCACCCCCACUCCAGCAACUCUCACCACCCCCACUCCAGCAACUCUCACCACCCCCUCACCUCUCCCGCCUGAUACAACCGAUCUUGUCUUUGAGCGAGCAGUCGACACACUGGACGACGCUUGCAGAGAGCGUCUCCUCCGUCCCGCGGCCGAAUACGAUGCCGAGAUCCUUCGCAUCAACAGCGACACCAGGAAAAAACAGUCGGCAGACAACACAAAGUAUGAUGGACUCAGAAGCCGAUACCGGAGUCAACUUGCCAGGAAACCACAAGAACUGGCUGCCAUUCUUUUGAUGACCAAUACUCAGGCCGACAACGCAGCCGCCCGCAUCAAGUCAAUUUCUAGUCGUCGCAAGACCGUCGCCCUUGGGAUACGUCGCCGGGCCACCGAGGCCGUCAACGAAUACCGUGCUCAUCGCCUUGUCUCUCUUCGCUCGGAUUUGGAGAUCAGGCUGACCAGGAAAGCAGAGGACUAUCGAUUGAGGGUGCAACAGCUGGAAUCCUCCCAAGCCAGGAAACUGCAACAGCAGAAAGAAACAGAGGCACUCCAUCAACAACACCAAGCCAGGAGACUGCAGCAGAAUGAGGAAAAGGAAGCACUCCGUCAACAACACCAAGCCAGGAGACUGCAGCAGAAAAAGGACAAGGAAGCACUCCGUCAACAACACCGCUUGGUCGUCGCUCGCCUAAAAGAGAUCCUAUCCAGCCUCAAGGAAACGAAACCACGAUACAAACCAGCCUUUGACACAGAUGCUAGCUUUCCUUUGCAAGAACGCCAUCAAGUCCAGCCACCGCCUGUACCAGGACCCCCGACCACACAGAUCGGCCCCCUUUGCCUGUCUCCAGUAGAGGCGGCGUCCAUGCGCGUAGUUCAGGACACACACGUCGACAACUCCACCCCUCGCGUCCUGUACUCUGACGGAUCUCUUCUGAACUCGGGAACGCUAGAAGUAUCCCAGGCCUUUGGAGUGGUGGAUCUCACUCAGGACAACCCUCUGACAGUACAAGGACGAACGGACGGUCACGCAUCCUCGGCUAAGGCCGAGCUCAUGGGCUUAUUAGCCGCAGUCCUGUCAGCACCACCGGAACAGGACAUUGUGGUCAAGCUGGACAAUCAGUCAGUGGUGGAUCAGUAUAGUCGCCUGGUGAAGAAUCGUCGGGACACCUUACCGAGGAAGCGAUUCAGGAGUACAUAUGCGGGUAUCUGGGCGGUGCUUUGUCAGGUUGUGGAAUCUCGGCCAGGCGGGGUUGAGGUGGUGUGGAUCAAAGGUCACAGCAACAUCCACGGAAACGAACUUGCGGAUCAGGCGGCGAAGGUGGCAGCACAGAGUGGUUCAGUGCCCUGGAUGGUGGAUCUCACUCAACAGACGGAUAUCACGACCUUUGCACAUUGUUACGGCGGGAUUGUUGAAAUCGAUCUACGUCAGCUCCUCAAACAACAAUCGACAAUCCGUCACCAUCAGGCCUGGACGUCACAGAGGCGGGUCAAGAGGGCGAUCCCUGACAUCGAGGACGUGGAAUGGAACUCGACCUUGGCUUAUGUCCACGACAGGCACGCAGUCUUCACCUUUUACAGCAACAGCAAGGACUCCCACCAAAGAACACAUCACAUCAAAAAGCUGCAUGGAAUGCUGCCCACUCUGAACUCCAUGCAGGCUCGCAAGCCCAACCUGUACCCAACAUGCGUGUGCCGACGAUGCGAGCUCGAGAAGGAGGAUAACGAUCACGUCUGGAAAUGCCCUUCGGCAGCUGAGACCACCACUGAGAUCUGGAAGGAGGCCAUGGGCAAGAUUAAUGAGUGGGGUGUGCAGGCCACAAACAGCUACAACGCAGCCAGGAAGCGGGAAUACAAACGCGCGGUGGACAGAGGUCGUCAGGUACCGAGGCCAGUACCCAUACACUGGUGGCCCCCUUCGGAUGCAGAUCAUGUACGAGGAUUUUCCUCCAUCGGUGGAGCUCGAGCCGUGCACAGCGGUAGUCCAGCUCUCGAUCGAGACGAGAAACCGAUGUGGAAUGUGUCGGAUCUCCUCCGCGGCAUCACCCCCUUGAGCAUGUUGACUGAAUGGUCCGCGGUCUUCCGGACCCCAAUGUCCAUCGCCAAGACAGUCCUUCACAAGUUUGUUGGCUACCUGGAGGCGCAGGCCUCGGAGCUGAUCUGGAAACCUCGGUGCUCCGCGACGAUCGCGUGGGAGCAGACCCAGGGCAUCUCUGCCAAGGACAAGACAUCCAAGUACACAGGCCCCCGAGCAGCGACAAUUGUUGCGCAGAGCCAGGUUCUGGACCGGACUGCGACUGGUGGAUGGUGCACUGAAGAGUUUGGUCUGGCUCGCAAGCCCAACCUGUACCCAACAUGCGUGUGCCGACGAUGCGAGCUCGAGAAGGAGGAUAACGAUCACGUCUGGAAAUGCCCUUCGGCAGCUGAGACCACCACUGAGAUCUGGAAGGAGGCCAUGGGCAAGAUUAAUGAGUGGGGUGUGCAGGCCACAAACAGCUACAACGCAGCCAGGAAGCGGGAAUACAAACGCGCGGUGGACAGAGGUCGUCAGGUACCGAGGCCAGUACCCAUACACUGGUGGCCCCCUUCGGAUGCAGAUCAUGUACGAGGAUUUUCCUCCAUCGGUGGAGCUCGAGCCGUGCACAGCGGUAGUCCAGCUCUCGAUCGAGACGAGAAACCGAUAUGGAAUGUGUCGGAUCUCCUCCGCGGCAUCACCCCCUUGAGCAUGUUGACUGAAUGGUCCGCGGUCUUCCGGACCCCAAUGUCCAUCGCCAAGACAGUCCUUCACAAGUUUGUUGGCUACCUGGAGGCGCAGGCCUCGGAGCUGAUCUGGAAACCUCGGUGCUCCGCGACGAUCGCGUGGGAGCAGACCCAGGGCAUCUCUGCCAAGGACAAGACAUCCAAGUACACAGGCCCCCGAGGCUGGAGCGACACCACUGAGAUCUGGAAGGAGGCCAUGGGCAAGAUUAAUGAGUGGGGUGUGCAGGCGACAAACAGCUACAACGCAGCCAGGAAGCGAGAAUACAAACGCGCGGUGGACAGAGGUCGUCAGGUACCGAGGCCAGUACCCAUACACUGGUGGCCCCCUUCGGAUGCGGAUCAUGUGCGAGGAUUUUCCUCCAUCGGUGGAGCUCGAGCCGUGCACAGCGGUAGUCCAGCUCCCGAUCGAGACGAGAAACCGAUGUGGAAUGUGUCGGAUCUCCUCCGCGGCAUCACCCCCUUGAGCAUGUUGACUGAAUGGUCCGCGGUCUUCCGGACCCCAAUGUCCAUCGCCAAGACAGUCCUUCACAAAUUUGUUGGCUACCUGGAGGCGCAGGCCUCGGAGCUGAUCUGGAAACCUCGGUGCUCCGCGACGAUCGCGUGGGAACAAAGCCAGGGCAUCUCUGCCAAGGACAAGACAUCCAAGUACACAGGCCCCCGAGGUGACUGGAGUCAAGGAUACGGUUACAUCACGCACGAUGGUUUCUCGACAAUUGUUGCGCAGAGCCAGGUUCUGGACCGGACUGCGACUGGCGGAUGGUGCACUGAAGAGUUUGGUCUGUAG